AUGGACUUCCCAGUUGCAGGCAAGAACGCCAUCGUCACAGGUGGCGCAUCAGGUACGUUCUGCACCCCGGGCAGCUUUUGCUUCCUGUUCGCAGAGGCAACUGUGAAAGAAGAAAUCGCGCUGAUUUUUCUCUGCGCCAACGUCAUCGUGGGAGAUCUUCAGGAGUCAGCUGCGUUGAAAGAACUUCAACAACAGCCACGGUCAACCAAGCUGUUGUUCCAAAAGACUGACGUGUCGAAAUGGAAUGAGCUGGAAGCCCUUUUCAAGCGUGCACAGGCAGAGUUAGGUCCUCUAGAUGUCGUAUGCAACGGUGCUGGUGUAUUUGAACCUUCAUGGUCCAACUUCUGGAACGACACCGAAACAGAAAGCUACAAAUCGCUGGAUAUCAAUCUUGGUGCGCUCAUCAAAGGCACCCGGCUCGCGAUCCGCGACCAAAUCACACGAUCCAAGGGCCGCAAGGCUGGCGGCACCGUUGGGGUUAUCCUAAAUAUCUCCUCUCUUGCGGCACAGCGCAUGCUCUUCAACCAACCGAUCUACAGCGCGGCCAAGUCCGGGGUGUCGGCCAUUGUGAGGUCUUUGGCUCCUCUCCACGAGGAAUACGGCAUUAAAGUGGUCGCCGUCGCGCCGGGAAUGGUGUACACGCCCCUGUGGACCGACCACCCGGAAAAGAUCAAGGCCGCCGACAAAAAGGACAUCUGGAUCACGCCUGAGGAACAGGCGGCGGUCAUGCUCGACGUGGUAGAGAAGGGCGAGUACGAGGGCGGCACCGUGCUGGAGACGCUCAAGGACUUUACGCGAAGGGUAUACAUCGACAGCCCGAUGCCGGAAGGUCCAGGAUCGACGAUUUCCAACCUAGGUCUGAUUACGGAGGACACGAUGGCGCUCUUGGAGGCUGAGAGGAAGGGUGAGAAAGUGAAGAAUGGUGCAUAG